UGCAAUCUGGGUAAUAUUAGAUUUUCCAACAAAAUUUGUUGAAAUUCGGUUGACUCGUGUUUAAGGAUUUGUAUGUGAUGUCUCCUUGUUAACUGAGUAGUAUGCGCGUGACCAAACGUACAAACAUGAAGCCACCUGUUCUCAGUCCAAGACAGCUUCCCACAAUGGACAAGUCUCCAAUUCAGAACCAAAAUGCAAUGCGGCUCAGAGUUAACAGAGUGGCUCUGAUACAGGAACUGAAAUAUGAACAUAUCAUAAAGUAUCUUAUCCAAAAUGAUGUACUGGAUGAAGAAGACAAAAAGAAAAUAGAAAAGGGUUCAACAGCAGGUGAUAAAACAAGAAUCAUGAUUGAUAUUUUGCCAACUAAACCAAAGGAAACGGAAUGGUAUAAACACUUUAGGCAAGCUUUGAAAACACCUGAAGCUGGGUUACAGUACAAGAAAAAAUACAACAUCCUUGUAGAAUUUCUGGAUAACACAAUUAUUGCCUCAGCCAAUUCACCAAUUAAAGCACCUGAAAAGAAACCUAACAGUGGGGAUAAAAUGAAACUUCCCCAUUUUAAUCCACUGCCAAGUAUCCAAACACCAAUGUGUAAUGGACAAGCUACACGAUCGGGCAAUGUCCAGUCUAGAAGCAUGAGUGAAGCUUCAGGGAAUCAGAACAGUAGAUCCAGGGUCAGUUUUAACAUAGGCAUAACUCCCUCUGAAGAAGAACCCCUGAUGUUCUCAAUGCCAAAUGAUAUGCCAGCUGGUGAUGAGAAAGGGAUGAGAGAAUCUGUUGGAUCUGGUUUUGACAAAUCAUCACAGGGUGACUCUCCAAGGAAAACCCUUGUGAAGGGUUUCUAUCAUCGCUGGCUACCAACUCCUGAAAACUUCAAAUCUCUCAUAGAAAUACCAGAGGAACAUUUUAAACAGCUAGAAAAGGGAUCAAAUGGUGAUAAACAUCAAUUAGAAAAUGAAUACCAAGUACUAAAAAAGGUACAAAAUCUUGAAAUAGUUUUUGCUUUAGAACGGCGGAACCAGCUUCCAGAAGGGUUCUCAAUUUGCAUGUGUAGCGCUGUUGAGGACAUCCUAAAUGACACCAAGAAUUUCCAUCUUUACGUGAAAUACUUCAAUCAUUUUAAAUCCAGAGCCUAUAUGGACAUCCUUAAGGAAAUAUCAACUGAGUUUUGUCAAUUUGUACAACAGUUACCAAGUGCUGAAGAAGAAGAAACAAGAAACCAUAUCUCGGAAAUGGCUUUCAAUCUGGUUGAUCUCCUGACUGAGUAUGGCUACUACAACACAUGCGAAUCAGUCAUAACUUCUCUAAUUGAGUUUCUAGCAUCAAAUCCUAACAUUGAAACAUGGAUGGUCACCUACCACGCUUACAUGCAUCUCAUGAGCAUCAGAAACAGAAACUUUGAAUUCACAAUGGCUGAGCAUGCAUUGAAUGUCGUGCAGCGUUAUGUUACACAGAUUGAGUUGAUGUCAUUUGGACAGGACCUUUUAGAUCAAGGAGAGGAGUUCCUGGAAACCAGCGUAUUGUUACGUGAACAAGGGAGCGUUAAUCCAGCAUUCAACUGGGCAAAUAAAGCCAUGCAAGAAGUUGAGGAAGACAAUGAGGAAACCAUUAUGAACACUCUCUUUAAUGCCACACAGGCUUACUGUGCCAAAUGGAAUACUAAAAAAGCUGAGGAGCUUGCAAUUCACACUGUACAACAGGCCAAGAGUAUGUAUGGAACCAACCACCCACUAUAUGUGAAGGCCCUACUGACAUACUGUCACUUCUCUAAUGAGUUCAGACAGGACAACUUUGGUGUAGAAGUUGCACAGGAGGCGUUGUCAAUAAGUGAGAAGUUGUACCAGGGGUCCAGUGUAUUCACCGCUCACUGCCACCGUGUCUUAGCAACUGCACUCAUGGCUGCUGGUGACUAUCACAACCAUAAAUUCCAUGAACAUGCCUUUCAAGCACUGAGAGUUGCUAUGGAUGUCCUACCUGCCUCACAUUUGGCGAUAUUCAAACAAACAUUAGCAAGGGGAUUACAGUGCAAGGCAGAACUAGUAGAGCAAGCAGAGAGACAUGGCUUGCUCUUGGAGGCGGAGUCUUUAGCCAGACAGGCACAGAAUCUCAUUAGUUCACAUUAUGGAGACAUCAGUAUUAAAUCUGCACAAGCUUAUAUACUACAGGGGACUGUCAAGACAAAGAUGGGGGAUGAAGAGAGGGAUGAAGAAGGAGAAGUGUUAAUGAAGCAAGGCUUGCAGAUGCUGCAGAUAUGUACAUCUCCCCAGAGUAACUAUCAACUCAUCAUGAAAGGCACACUGGGGACCUUCUACAAGCAGAAGGACUGUCCACUUGAAGCCAUUAAUCUACUCACUCAAGUGGUUAAUUCUGUUGACUCUAACGGCGUAUACCUGAAAUGGGCCCACACAUGUUAUGACAAUCUUAUAGAACUUCUCAAGGCCUCUGACAGGCACACAGAAGCUGAAGAGUACCAAGCUAAACUCAUUGACUGGAUGGCCGAGAAUCCGAAACUUGCCAAUAUAAGCUGGGAAGUCUUAAAUGAAAGUCCAAAACCUUUCAAAGACUUUCUAGAGAAGUUCAAUCUAUUUAAAGCCAAGCUUGGUAAGGUUAAAGCAAGUCUGAAAAAAUUGAUAAAGAAAAAAUAGUAUGCUUGAAUGAAAUUAGGGAAAUUGCAGGCUGAGAGGUUUCUUCAAGAUGUGGCAGGACCAUUUCACACCUUAAGCAGCCGUUUUCCAUGUAAAAGUUGCUUUACUGUAUUAACGAUUAACUGGACAGUCAAAUAACCCCCCCCCCCCUCUGCUGUUUCAGAGAAUUAUUUGCAAGAAAUAAUAUAUCAGCACAUUUUAGUAGAUUCAGAGUCAAAAACAGAAAAGUUUGGGUAAAAAAGCCAAAUUGACCAUAAAUUGACCAAAAACCAGUCAUUACCAAAAAUAGGUAUUAGAAAUGACCCCCACCCUGGUGGUUAAUAUUUUGAAAUGACUGUCAGGUUUUGGGUUAAUUGUUCAGUUAUACAUAAAAGUGUAAUAUAAGUAUAAAGAAAUUAUGUGUUAUUUUUGUUCGUGUAUAUACAUUUUAAUGCCAAAGAAAAAUAAAUAAAUAAUUAUG